UUCAAGACAGAAACGGCUUGUGGUUCAACACAUUCCCCUUGAUCUGAAAAGCUACUCGGAAAAGACGAGCGCGCGCUUAGCCUCCAAAUGGUUCCAAACAGAACGACACUCUUUCCUUGUUCCUCAUUCCUCCCCCUUCUCAUUGCUUUAACAACACUGCAGUGCCCAAGUCUCCUUGGCGGAAAAAAAACUUUCGAGUCGGUUAUACCCAAAUUCAUUGGGCACAAUCCAAGUUGAGGUGGAUCAAUCAAGACGAAAACUUUGGAAGUCGAAAAUGUUCCAAACGGGACAGGAGUUUGUGAUUUCGUGAUAGUGUUGGCUGACCACUGGUUUAGAGGUUAUUGAAGUUUGGUUGGGAACGAAAUGGAUCCUCAUGUGUAAUUAGAAGUGAUCGGCUCAAUCUUUAAGGUUGGAACGAUGUUGGGGGUGGAACCCAGGGCUGACUUCAGAAGAGCUUCGCUCGUAUCGGAGAUCUAUUCCGAGACCAAUGGCCAAGGCGGAAAAACAGGAGCUGCAAUUCAAGGACUUGUUGGAUUCGGCAAACCUGGGACCGACGGGGUGAGCAUUUGUGGCGCCAUCCUCACGGCUUUCUCGUGUCUGCUGGUUAUGGUCACAUUGCCAUUCUCGUUGUGCGUCUGUUUCAAGGUUGUCCAGGAGUAUGAGAGAGCUGUCAUAUUUCGACUGGGUCGCCUCCUUCCGGGUGGAUCUCGUGGUCCAGGCAUCUUUUUUAUCCUACCAUGCAUAGAAUCCUAUCAAAAAGUGGAUCUCAGGACAAUCACUUUGGGCGUGCCACCUCAAGAGGUCUUGUCCAAGGACUCCGUGACAGUCUCAGUGGAUGCGGUGGUUUACUAUCGAGUGUCCAACGCCACCGUGUCUGUGGCCAACGUGGAAAACGCCCAUCAUUCCACUCGGCUCCUGGCCCAGACCACGUUAAGGAACAUUCUGGGCACCAAAAGUCUCCACGAGAUCCUCAGUGAUAGAGAGAGUAUUUCCAGUUCCAUGCAGUUUGCAUUGGACGAGGCCACAGAACCUUGGGGCAUAAAAGUCGAGAGGGUAGAAAUAAAAGACGUCCGACUCCCGGUCCAACUCCAAAGAGCCAUGGCCGCUGAGGCCGAGGCUGCCCGAGAGGCCCGAGCCAAAGUGAUAGCUGCAGAAGGUGAACAAAAGGCCAGUCGGGCGCUGAAAGAAGCCUCCGAGGUUCUUUCCGGAUCAUCAUCCGCACUCCAACUCAGAUAUCUUCAAACUCUGAACAACAUCAGCGCUGAGAAGAAUUCUACAAUCAUAUUUCCGCUGCCAAUCGACUUACUGACACAUUUUACUCAAAAGGCAAAAAUGGCAUGAAGACAUCUGUGGAAAAAGUCCUCUAGAUGUCCAAAUUGGAUCUCCUAAUGUGUUCCCUCAAUUUCAUUGUCAAAUUCAAUAAACGAUCCUAUCGACUGCAUUGUGUGUUUUCGAAA